AUGCCUCGUCCAUGCAGCUCCCCCACAAACCAGUGCGCCCAAUGCACCGAGAUCUACCAACAAAUGCUAUAUCUCCGGAAAGUCCUCGGCGAAGCCUUCCCCGAGGAACAACACGACGAGGCCGUGCUCUUCCCCCGGCUGGAAGUCUACCCCUUCGUUCUAACGCACGUCUUCCCCCUCGAAGUCGUCGAGGUGACAGACCGCUUCAUGCAAAAGAUCUCAGUUAGCAUCCGCGCCUGGUUCAAAGAGAACUACGGCACCGACAAGAUCAACAUCUUCUUCCUUGACACUGAGAUCGAGAACAAGUACCACGAGCCCGGGACGCAUAUCUCGGUUCUGGUGGAUGCGCCGGAGUCCAUGGUUGCGACGCAGCGGGAUGUGGAGCGCAUGCUGGAGCUCAAGCUCGGCCGGUUCCGGUAUGGGUGGACGUAUCGCUCGUUUGAGGAUAUGGAGGGGUGCACGGCGGCUUUGAGGCUGGAGUUUUUGAUGAAGAUGCUUCCUGAUCCGGAGGAGGAGGAGGAGGAGGAGGAGGAGGAGGAGCAGCGGAUGCCUGCUCGUAGGUGA